GGGCCGAUCUCCUUCAGAAUGGACUGGUUGGAUCUCCUUGCAGUCCAAGGGACUCUCAAGAGUCUUCUCCAACACCACAGCCUCACAAAAGUGAAUUCUAAUGCAUUUGCCUAAUUUUCCUGACCCUUUUCAUGGGCAAGUCCAUUCGAAGUUUUUCUGAAAUGGGGCUAUAUUCCACCCUGGUUUUAGUUCAGCAGUUUGAACACAGCUCCUUCAUUACUAUUUCUUCAUUAUUCAUGUUCAUGCAUCAUGUUCAUGCAUUCAUGGAUAUGCAUCCUUAGAAAGGAAUUGCAGUUCAAUUCAGUUCAGUCGCUCAGUCGUGUCCGACUCUAUGCGACCCUAUGGACUACAGCACGCCAGGCUUCCCUGUCACCAGCUCCUGGAGUUAAACUCAUGUCCAUCGAGUCCAUGUGAUGUUAAGAGGUUUUUUUUAAGCUGUCAUAAAAUUCAAACAUUUUUCAAUAAAAAGAUUCAGGCUCUCACGAAAGAUUAAGCUCCUUGCUCAACCCCACAAACGAGCUGGUGACAGGUGUCCACGCGGCUCACACCACGUCCCCAUCUCCUGCUGCGGGCCAGAAUCGUUCAAACGUGUCUCCACGUCACACAGAGGCUCCUCAGCAGGUGGCACUGAUCUGAAACUUUUCACAGUAAAUCUGCUUUGAAAGGUAGUUGAUUUUUGGUCCAUACCAGUUCUUGAAAUUAAGCACCCCAAAGUGAAGCUGCUCUUUCCCACCCAUUUUAUCUCAAACGCCGAAGGUUGGUACCCGAGUCCACAGGAGCCCGGAGGGCACCUAGAGUCUGUGGGAGGCGGCGGCGCGCCCCUCAAGCCCCACCUCCCCGCUCGCGCGGAGCCGCGUGGCCCUGCGCGUUCUCCGCUGCUACGGCAACCUGAGGCCGGCGUCCCCGUCUCCACGGCCCCAAAACGGCCGCAAGUGACUGGCUGAGAAGCCCGACGGGCGGAACAAGAGGCGUCGGCAUUGGCUAAGGCCGCGACGGUUGGCGGCCGGAAGGAAGAUUUGACUGGAGCACCAACGGUGCUGCUGGCGGCAGUACCCCUGAGACUGAGGGGACAGGGCGCGAGGUGGGGGCUAGGAGGACAGGCCCCGAGCCAGAGCAGCGUGACCGCAGCAGAAACGAUGAGAUGCGCCUCGGCCUGAAGGAGGGGCCCUCCCUCGGGCGUUUACUUUGAAAGGAAUGCGAUGUUAAUUCUGGGGCAUUGAUGAUUUACAAUGCCUGAUCAAGACAAAAAAGUGAAGGCCACUGAAAAAUCAACUGAUAAAAAACAGCAAGGAGUCACCACCAGGGACUAUUCAGAUCUUAAAAGACUUCUGUGCCUUUUGAACGUUCAAUCAAGCAAGCAACAGCUUCCAGCCAUUAACUUCGAUAGUGCCCAGAACAGCAUGAUGAAGUCUGAGCCUGCCGUCAGGGCAGGUGGGCACAGAGCUCGAGGUCGGUGGCAUGAGUCCACAGAAGCUGUUGAACUCGAAAAUUUUAGUAUAAACUACAAGAAUGAGAGAAAUUUCAGCAAACAUCCCCAGCAUAAACUAUUUCAGGAGAUAUUUACAGCCUUGGUGAAAAAUAGACUCAUAUGCAGAGAGUGGGUUGAUCGCGCUCCAUCUCUUCAUUUUCUGAGAGUGUUAAUUUGUCUGAGACUCCUCAUGAGGGAUCCAUGUUAUCAGGAAAUACUUCACAGCUUGGGUGGAAUUGAAAACCUAGCUCAGUACAUGGAGAUCGUGGCGCACGGGUACCUCGGCUACGGGGAGGCACAGCACAGUGUGGACAAGCUGGUCAACAUGACGUAUAUUUUUCAAAAACUUGCUGCUGUCAGAGACCAAAGAGAAUGGGUCACCACAAGCGGAGCUCACAAGACAUUAGUGAAUUUACUCAGUGCCCGAGAUACGAAUGUUCUGCUGGGCGCCCUUCUGGCUCUGGCUAGUUUAGCUGAAAGUCCAGAGUGUAGGGAGAAGAUAAGUGAGCUCAACAUUGUAGAAAAUCUGCUGAUGAUUUUACAUGAAUAUGACUUGCUUUCCAAAAGGCUGACAGCCGAGCUGCUGCGCCUGCUCUGUGCCGAGCGCCAGGUGAGAGAGCAGGUGAAGCUCUACGAGGGGGUCCCUGUCCUGCUCAGCCUGCUGCACUCAGACCACCUGAAGCUGCUAUGGAGUGUCGUCUGGAUUCUGGUGCAGAUUUGCGAGGACCCAGAGACCAGCGUGGAAAUCCGCAUCUGGGGCGGCAUCAAGCAACUUCUUCAUAUUUUGCGAGGAGACAGAAAUUUUGUUUCUGAUCGUUCCUCCAUUGGAAGCCUGUCUAGUGCCAAUGCGGCUGGCCGAAUCCAGCAGCUUCGUUUGUCAGAAGAUUUAAGCCCUCGGGAAAUACAAGAAAAUACUUUCUCUCUUCAAGCAGCCUGCUGUGCGGCCCUCACGGAGCUGGUGCUGGACGACAGCAACGCCCACCUGGUGGUGCAGGAAAAUGGUAUAUAUACAAUAGCAAAAUUAAUUUUACCAAACAAACAAAAGAAUGCAGCAAAAACUAAUCUAUUACAGUGUUACGCAUUCAGAGCCUUGAGGUUUCUCUUCAGUAUGGAAAGAAACAGACCACUGUUUAAAAGACUUUUCCCCACCGACCUGUUUGAGACCUUCAUUGAUAUAGGACAUUAUGUUCGUGAUAUCAGUGCUUAUGAAGAAUUAGUAUCAAAGUUGAAUUUAUUAGUGGAGGAUGAACUAAAGCAAAUUGCUGAAAAUGUUGAAAGCAUUAAUCAGAAUAAAGCUCCUUCGAAAUAUAUAGGCAACUAUGCGAUUUUGGAUCAUCUCGGCAGUGGAGCUUUUGGCUGUGUUUACAAGGUUAGAAAGCGCAGUGGUCAAAAUCUGUUAGCAAUGAAAGAGGUCAACUUACAUAACCCAGCAUUUGGAAAAGAUAAAAAAGACCGAGACAGCAGUGUAAGGAAUAUUGUUUCUGAAUUAACCAUAAUUAAAGAGCAGCUUUAUCAUCCAAACGUUGUACGCUAUUAUAAAACAUUUCUGGAAAAUGAUAGGCUGUAUAUAGUUAUGGAACUUAUAGAAGGGGCCCCUCUUGGAGAGCAUUUCAGUUCUUUGAAGGAAAAACGACAUCAUUUUGCUGAAGAGAGACUAUGGAAAAUAUUUAUACAGCUGUGCUUGGCUCUUCGGUACUUGCACAAGGAGAAGAGGAUCAUCCAUAGAGACCUGACGCCGAACAACAUCAUGCUGGGGGACAAGGACAGAGUGACUGUCACUGACUUUGGCCUGGCAAAGCAAAAACAAGAAAGCAGUAGACUUACAUCUGUUGUGGGAACAAUUCUGUAUUCCUGCCCGGAGGUGCUGAAGAGUGAGCCGUACGGGGAAAAGGCAGAUGUGUGGGCAGCAGGCUGCAUCCUUUAUCAGAUGGCGACCCUGGAUCCUCCCUUCUACAGCACCAACAUGCUCUCCCUGGCCACAAAAAUAGUGGAGGCGGUAUAUGAACCAGUGCCAGAAGGCAUCUACUCUGAAAAGGUGAUCACUACCAUCAGCAGAUGCCUCACUCCAGAUGCAGAAACCCGCCCAGAUAUUGUAGAAGUCAGCUCCAUGAUAUCAGAUAUCAUGAUGAAGUAUGUAGACAAUUUAUCCACAUCCCAGCUGGCCUUGGAGAAGAAGCUGGAACGGGAACGGAGGCGCACACAGAGGUAUUUUAUGGAAGCCAACCGGAAUGCAAUCACAUGUCAGCAGGAGCCUACUCUGCUGUCUCAGGAAACCUUUGAGAAGGCAAGCUUGAGUAGCAGCAGCAGUGGAGCAGGAAGCCUGAAAAGUGAACUUUCAGAAAUCACAGACCUCCCUGCUGAAGGCUUCCAGGCACCAUGUGGUAAGGAUGAAGACCGGACUUGUGAUGGACUCUUAUCAGAUGAUAACUUCAAUUUGGAAAAUAUUGAGAAAGAUCUAUAUUCAGAGCUUGAUGAUGAAUUGGACAUUUCAGAUAACUUUAGCAGCUCCAGCUCAAGCCCUUUGAAGGAAUCGACAUUCAGCACUUUAAAAAGAAGUUUUAGUGCUUCAGGAGGAGAAAGACAAUCCCAAACUAGAGACUUCACUGGUGGAAUAGGAUCCAGACUGAGACCAGCUUUGCUGCCUCUUGACCUGCUUCUGAAAGUGCCACCCCUCCUGCUCAGUGCCCACGUUAAGGAGGUAGAGGCUGAGUUAGUGACGGGGUGGCAGGCCCACAGCCUUCCCACUGUGAUUCUCCACAGUCUCAAAGACCAUGCAUCUGCAGGAAUUGCUGUGUCACAGAGGAAAGUACGUCAGAUCAGUGAUCCUAUUCAGCAGAUCCUAAUCCAGCUGCACAAAGUCAUCUACAUCACUCAGCUUCCUCCAGCUUUGCACCACAACUUGAAAAGAAGGAUUAUAGAGAGAUUCAAGAAAUCCCUCUUCAGCCAGCAGAGUAACCCUUGUAAUUUGAAAUCUGAAAUUAAAAAGUUAUCUCAAGGAUCUCCAGAACCAAUUGAACCCAACUUUUUCACAGCAGAUUACCACUUAUUGCAUCAUUCAUUGGGUGGAAACAGCCUGUCCUCAAAUGACCCAACAGGUCUACCCUCUAGCUUUGAUUUGGAGGAGGGGAUAACAUAUGAACAGAUGCAGACUGUGAUUGAAGAAGUCCUAGAGGAAAGUGGCUAUUACAAUUUUACUUCUAACAGGUAUCACUCCUAUCCAUGGGGGACCAAGAAUUAUCCAACCAAAAGAUGAACGUGCUACACUUUAAACAGACCUAGUUUUCCCAGUGAAGGUCAAGUUCUGGACUGAAACCUCUACUGGCAAGAUGCCCAAGGAUUGGGUGAUACUCCAAGAGUAUGGAAGAGAAAAGACCAAUAUGCCACAGUGCCCGCAGGACCUCUUUCUGGAGAUCCAGUGCUAUGAGGCUCCAUCCUUGGGAUACACAGGUACAGGAUAGCAGAGCUUCCAGUGUACUCCUGGGAGAAACUGCUGCAGAAUUCAUCUAUGAAAAGAAAACUCGCUCUUUGCAGGACUUUCCUCCAAGUUAAAAAGAAAACAAAAAAAUGACAUAUUUUUCAAAGAAAUACUUUUUACUUAGAAUUGCUAAAACUAUGUUUAAAGGCAUCUAGCUUUCUAUGUAUAGUUUUAGAUAAAGAAAAUUAUAGAACUCAGAACAGUAAUAUUGGGUAAUUCACUGUAUCCAUCAAUUUUUUAAUGGUAAAAGAAAUUCAGAAUAUGUGAUUGAAA